AUGACCCUCAAGGACGACUCGAACGCUGGCGCCGAAUCUUGCAACAUCGACGAAGCUACCUCGGCCGGCUACCUGUCCACGCCACCGACCGAUGUUGAUGGAGAAGGCCUAUCCACAGACCAACUGGAACAGAUCUGGAGUUGGAACACUCCCGUGCCCCCGACGUUGGAUUACUGCAUGCACGAUGUGAUCAAGAAGCAGGCCCAGAAGGAACCGGCACGGCUGGCAAUCAAAUCAUGGGAUGGCGAUCUCACGUACCACGACGUUGAUUCCAUGUCGGACUCUUUCGCAUCACAUCUUGUAUCCAGAGGCACCGGUUCAGGGACGAUCGUGCCGCUGUGCUUUGAAAAAUCAAAAUGGACUGCAGUCGCCGUCCUGGCCGCCAUGAAGGCCGGAGGCACCUUCGCCCUCAUGGACCCGAGCCAGCCGGAAGGGAGAUUGCGGACCAUCGUCGAGCAAACCGGGGCCUCCGUGAUUGUCACGUCGAAAGCACAGGAGGACCUCGGUAACCGCAUUGCACCAAAUGGAAUCCGAAUCACGCUGUCGAAAGAACAUCUCGACGGUUACGACGUUAAUUAUAGUCUGCCGAUCGUACGGCCGGAGACGAACCUCUACAUACAGUUCACCUCUGGAAGCACAGGGAAGCCGAAAGGCGUCGUCAUCACCCAUGCCAACUACUCGAGUGGCGCGGUACCACGCGCAGAUGCCGUCGGCUACAGUGCGCACUCGCGGGUUCUGGACUUUGCCUCCUACGCUUUCGACGUAUGCAUCGAUUGCAUGCUCUGUACACUAUCUGUCGGGGGCUGCCUCUGCAUUCCAUCUGACGGCGACCGGGUCAACGAUCUGAGCGGAGCCAUUCGCCGCAUGAACGUCAACAUGGCUCAUAUGACACCAUCGGUUGCCCGCGUGCUGGAUACCGACAUUAUACCCUCGCUCGAGGUGCUUGGUCUAGGCGGGGAGGCAAUCUCUGCUGGCGACGCCUUGACAUGGAGCCGUACUACGAAAGUCAUUAAUGCCUACGGUCCAUCCGAGUGCACUGUUGGGUGUACUAUCAAUAGCGACGUCGGCGCAGAAAGUCAUAAGACACAUGUGAGCAUCGGUAGGGGAGUGGGAGGAACCAUCUGGAUUGUUGAACCUUCAGAUCACAACCGGCUUGUGCCCAUUGGUGCGGUUGGCGAGCUUCUGGUAGAAGGUCCGAUCGUCGGGCCUGGAUAUCUGAACGAUCCAGCCAAGACGGCGGAAGCAUUCAUCACCAACCCGGAAUGGCUUCUCUCUGGAAGCCCACAGCAUGAAGGUCGGGCCGGACGACUGUACAGGACCGGCGACCUAGUCAAAUACGACACGGAUGGCACAAUCGUAUUCGUUGGACGCGGCGAUCAGCAGGUGAAGCUCCGGGGCCAGCGAAUCGAACUCGCCGAGAUCGAGUACAAUAUACGAGACAAACUACCACCAGGAACUCGUGUGGCAGCCGAGGUGAUCAAGCCGGGAGGACCAUCCGCAGAACCGACAUUAGUGGCCUUUCUCGCAGAACGAGCUGGUCUCGUGUCAGACUCGGAGACCCUCGCCGGCUCGCAUUCUACGCAGGUUCAAGAUGCUCUGGCAAAUGUGAACCAACUUUUGUCUGAAAGUCUCCCGAUAUACAUGAUACCGGCAGCAUAUAUCCCACUGCAGAUUAUGCCGCUGCUGGUCUCUGCAAAGACCGAUCGCAAGCGCCUCCGGGAGUUGGGAUCAUCGCUGAGCAGGAAGGAUAUCGCCCGUUUCGCAGCCAUGACAAUUCCCAGAAAGGAGCCAACGACGCAGAUGGAGCAGAAGCUGGCGCAGCUUUGGGGUGAGGUACUCGGCCCGGAUGCUGAGAUCGGAGCGAAUGACAACUUCUUUAACCUGGGUGGUGAUUCGCUUCGUGCAAUGAAGCUCGUAGCUCAGGCAAGAACCCAGGGCGUGGCCAUUACCGUGGCCGACAUCUUCAACAACCCAAUUCUGUCCGAUAUGGCGAUUGUUGCGAGACCCGACAGUGGUGAAGGGAUCGCUCGGAUUACCCCCUUCUUCCUGAUUGGUGAUCAGUGGUCCGACGUUUCUGCCCGCGCUGGUUGUGCGGCUUUGUGCGAUACCGAGGCUUCAAUGGUUGAGGAUAUUUACCCUUGUACGUCUUUGCAGGAAGGUCUCAUGGCUCUGUCUGCUAAAGUCAGCGAAGCCUAUGUCGCCCAACGUGUGGUAGAGCUUGCCGAUGAAACGGCAGCGCGAAAUCUACUGGCCGCCUUCGAAAAAGCAUCCGCAGAUUGCGCCAUUCUUCGCACCAGAAUCGUCCAGGUAUCGGGACGUGGACUGAUGCAGGUAGUGGUCAAAGGGAAGUUUGACUAUCAGUGGCUUUCGGACAGAAGUCUGAAUGAUUAUCUUGUAAACGAUCGACAUUCCCCGGUGGCAUUGGGACAACCUUUGGUUCGUUACGGCGUGGUACACAAUGAGGAAGCCACCGGCAAAACGCAUUUCGUGCUGACCAUGCAUCACGCGCUCUACGAUGGGUGGUCGAUGCCUUUGGUAGUCGAGCGCGUCAAUCGGGCGUAUAAUGGUCUUGCUACCGAACGCCCUGCUGAUUUCAAGCAUUUCAUUGACUAUCUGGGCCAGAUGGACCGUCAAGAAUCAGAGCAAUACUGGCUAGAAAGGUUGCAAGGUGCCGCCGGCGAGCAGUUCCCGUCGUUGCCAUGGUCCGGCUACCAGCAACAGGCUGACUCGUUGUUGGAGCACUACGUGAGCACUGGUCGACCAGGUGCCGGAAUGACGAUGGCGACGAUCAUCCGUGGGGCUUGGGCAUUUCUUGUCUCGAUUUACACUGCGUCUGAUGACAUCGUGUUUGGGGAAACGCUCACUGGACGCAACGCUCCCAUACCGGGUGUCGAGCAGAUCGAGGGACCCAUGAUCGCUACGAUACCCGUUCGCAUUGCUGUCGACCCGAACGCCACAGUAUCCGAGUACUUACAAGAGAUCCAUGAUCAGUCUGUCAACGGUAUUCCACACGAGCACUUUGGUCUUCAGCACAUCCGUCGGCUAAGCCCUGACGCCCGCGAAGCCUGUGAACUACGCACGGGCUUGGUGAUGCACCCCAGUGCGAACUCCAGUGACGGCGUCGCAAGUGAUAGACAACCGGCUGAUGGCUUUGUACCUGCCGGUGAUGCGGAAGCUGCACAGGAAGCACUCAAGUUUAACACAUACUCCCUGAUGCUGGUGUGCUCCUUGGACCCUCAAGGCUUCUUGAUUAUGGCCAGUUUCGACUCCAAAACAGUAGCGAGUGCCCUGAUGGAAACUAUGCUUUCGCAGCUCGGAAGGCUUACGCAGCAAUUCAUCGAGCGCCCGGAUCUGCAAUGUAGCAAUAUUGAACUGCUGAAUGAGCAUGAAGUCCACGAACUCGCCCGUAUAAGCAAACCUGGUGCCCAAAGCUUGGCUGGCUCUUCAUUGCUACCGACUGGUUGCGAUGUAUUAGAAACUUGGAUUGUCAACCCUGCCAAUACAGAACAACUGCUACCUUUUGGCGCCGUUGGAGAACUUUUGGUGCAAUGCUUGGGCAACCCCGGCAAGGAGUUGGUUACGGGACCGGCAAUGUCGGGUGAGACUCGGAGCUCAAGGUUGUACAGAACUCGAAAGCUGGCGAAGUAUGUUCAGGACGGCACAAUCACCUUCGUUGAGCCAACACACCGAGUCAAGACGGUUGGAAACAGCCAGCGGCAGAAGCGUGUAUCGGCAACCUCGGCAAAACAGAAAAGUCUACGACAGACUUGGUGUCGGAUAUUAUCAAUCGAUGAGGACGAAAUCGGGCUCAACGACAGCUUCUUCCAGCUGGGUGGCGAUUCCAUUGGGGCCAUGAAGAUGGUAUCAGAGCUUCGAGCCAAGGGAAUGCAGUUGACGGUGCCGGAUAUAUUCAAGCAUAGAACGCUGUACGAAAUGGCGAACGCGAUCAAGGAGGCGAAUGUUUCAUCAUUUGAGACUGCGAAAGCCGACCUCACUCCCUUCUCGCUACUUGAUGUUGACGACAAGCAGGCCUACGCUACCGACAUAAUCAGACCAAUGCUCUCGCAGGACAGCCACAUAAUCAAGGACGUUCUGCCGGCACGACCUCUGCAAGCUAUUGCCGUCAGGGGUACUACGCAGCUGCCACGGUAUUCGGCAAGAUACGAGCUAUUCCACCUCAGCGGCACAGUCGAUAAGUCGAAGCUGUUCGAAAGCUGCCAGGAACUUGUCUUGCGGAAUGAGAUACUACGAACAGUCUUUGUCGAGACUGAAGGGAACUGUUUCAGCGUCGUGCUCGAGUCACUAACGGUUGCCAUCGAUCAGUACGAAAUCGAAGGCGACAUAGAGUCAUUCGCCCAUAAGCUUUGCGAUGUCGACGUCCAGACAAGAAUGCCUUUGGGAUCUUCUUUCGUCAAGUUCAUGUUCGUCCAAGGCGAGAAUAACGAGCAUUGUCUCGUAUUGCGCAUCUCCCAUGCGCAGUACGACGAGAUAUGUCUCACGGGGCUGCUACGUCAGUUGGCGGCAUUGUAUGACGACAAGCCUUGCACAGAUGCGGUACCGUUUUCGUCGUUUGUAUAUCAUGUCAUCAAGAAGAGCAUACCGCAGAGCAUUCCGUAUUGGCGCGAUCUGCUGAAGGGCAGCUCCCUGUCAGUCCUCAGCCCGGGCCUACCACUUUCUUCCAGAGUCCCGGCUGCCAUUACCCGGACCGUGGACACAUUGGCCCGCUUGAAGGACAUUACAAUCGCGACUCUUCCGACAGCGACGUGGGCUCUAUGUCUUGCCCGCCGGCUCGCACUGCGAGAUGUUGUGUUUGGCGAGGUCGUGAGCGGACGCAACAUCGACCUGCCCAACGCUGAUGCGGUUAUGGGACCGACAUGGCAGUACGUGCCAUUGCGGGUUAAGUUUGAACAGGACUGGACGGGCGUAGACCUCCUCGAGUACGUACAGUACCAGCACAUCGCCAGCGCCCAGCACGAGUGCAUGGGCCUCGGCGAGAUCGUCCGGGAGUGCACCGACUGGCCCGAAUCGGUCGACUGGUUCGAUUCCGUGGUCCAUCAGGAUGUCUACCACGUUGAGACGCUCAAGUUCGGCCAAGCCGACUGCCGGCUCGAGACUGUGUACCCGCACUUGGAGCCGCUGCGGGAGUGGAAAUUGCAGGCGUUCGUUGAUGGUGACAGGCUGACGCUGGAGAUUGUUACGUUCAAGGACUGGAUCGGCGUUGCUGGCGAGUUGCUGGAUGAGUUGGAGCAGAUCAUGACGAUGCUGGUGAACCGGCCUGGCGAGUUGGUUUUCUAG